GAAUCUAUUCAGACAGAAAGAAGUUGAACGCCGGUGGAGUACUGUGUUUCCGUGUAUUUAUAACACGAGGCUCUUACUACUUUGUAUUUUAUAUAUUUACAAUCUUUUACAAAGAAUAAACAUAAUGGCUGCUAUUGCUGUUGCUAAAAAACUGAUUCCUCUGUUUGACAGAGUUUUGGUUCAACGAGCAGAGGCUAUUACUAAAACCAAGGGUGGUAUUGUUAUUCCUGAAAAGGCACAAGGUAAAGUUCUAAGGGGAACUGUGAUAGCAAUUGGACCUGGAUCAAGGAAUGAUAAAGGAGACCAUAUUCCACCAAGUAUUAAAGUUGGUGAUGUAGUGUUGCUACCAGAAUAUGGUGGAACCAAAGUGGAACUUGAAGAUAACAAAGAAUUUCACUUAUUUCGUGAAUCUGAUAUUUUGGCAAAAUUAGAAUCUUGAAAUGUUUGAUUUAUAGGUUAAUUUUUAUAAUUAUGAAAUGAAUGUUUGAUGAAAAA